AUGGAGUACUACAAACAGUACGAAUCACUCAACGAACAUCAUGAUGAUCAUACUGCAGAGUUAAAGGAAAAGCUCCAUUACCAAGAAGGAACUAGUUCCAGCCAAUAUUCCGAUUCGGAUCCUUCUAAGGAGAAAGCCAGUGGAAGCAUUAAACAACAAGUUGAAGCUGCAAAUGAUAAGGGGAAGGAAAUCUAUGAAGACCUGCAAGUCAGAGAUGAUCAGUUGAAAGAUGAGAAUUCAACAUUGCAGGAUGAGAAGGAACAGAGAAUAAUACAGGGUUUACAAUUAGAGCUGGCCUCUUUAAAAACCCAGAAAAAAGAACUGGAAGAGCAUUUUGAAGAGAAAAAUUUGAAGCUGCAGUUGGUUCAAACUGAACUACGAGACAAAAUUUUAGAACUGGAAAGAAAAGCACUGAAAAAGUCAAUUAAAGAGCAGAAACAACUUCAGGAUCAGUCUCAGGAAACCUACCUGACAAAACUUGGCCUGAAAGAUGAGAUAUUUGAUUCAUGUAUUGAGCUGUCUAAGAAGAUGAAGGAAGAAAUAGAAAUUACAAACGAAGUGAUUAUAAUAUUACAGGAUGAGAUAAACAUGACUGAAGCUAAACUGCGGAUCUCAAACAAUAAGCUUCAUGUCACAGAACAAUUACUUGCUGAGAAGAAAGAAGUCUACAGAAAAGAAGAAAAGUUCCAACAAGAAUGUAAAGAACUCAAGGAACAAAAUUCCAAAUUGUCGAAUGAGAAGACAAAAAAUUCAUUCUCCGGACUUGAAGUAGUGUUGCAGGAGUUCCAGGAAAAUGACAAUUCCUUCCAGAGCCGUAUUGUUGUAGUCUAA